ACUCGAUAGGUUGCGUCGUACAGAAAGUCACCUCGUCGUGUCGGUCAGAAGCUACUGACAAGUUAGCAUAGCAUGGUCAUAGUGUUGGCGGAGGAAGGUCGACAGUAGGACAGCAGCAUCCUCUCAUACUGUUUAAUUUACUUUUCAUUUACCGGUAUUUAUUUUACAGCAUUGUGCAAACAGACUCAGGCAAGCGUUUUUUUUAACAGUUGUAGUUUUUAGACAGGUGCUUAGCUAGCUAACUGUUUAGCGAGCUAGCUUCAAAUUCCGUUCAGUGUUUUCAUCUCCAUCAGAACAUCUCCUAUCAUGGCUGCGCUGAGAGCGUCCUAUCACAGAAUUUUGGAUAGGAUCGAGCAUAUGCUGCCCGCCAAACUGAGACCUCUAUACAACCACCCGGCAGGUCCAAAAACAGUUUUCUUCUGGGCCCCGAUGUUUAAAUGGGGUCUGGUUGUAGCUGGUUUGGCUGAUAUGACCCGACCAGCAGAUAAACUCAGUACCUCCCAGUCUGCAGUGCUGACAGCCACAGGUCUGAUCUGGUCCAGAUACUCGCUGGUCAUAAUACCGAAGAACUGGAACCUGUUUUGUGUCAACUUCUUUGUCGGCAGUGCAGGAGCCUCUCAGCUCUACAGGAUCUGGAGGCACAAGCAGGAUUUGAAGGCCCAGGACAAAGAGGAGCCAGAGCACUGAAUGCUCUUCUGCUGCCAACGCGCCGCCACGGUGGGCCGAAAUGGAGACUACACACUGGGCACAGACCUGCCGCCCUUGUCAUCAUGUCCUCAUCCUCCCACAUCGUCUCCAUAACACCCACAUAACACCCAUGCCAUAACCAUUAUCCUACCACAUUAAGCCUCUUGUCCCUGUUGGAAAUGUACAGUUUUCCUGAAGUUUCAAAUUUCCUCAGGGUGUAAACAAACAAAAAAAAAGAAAAAUAUUGAUUGAACAUUUUUUUAACUUUAGUCAACACACACUCAAGAAUCAUGGUCAUCAACGCACAAGGUCUGCUUGUUCAACAAGUUGUGUGAUUGUAUAUUUUUUUUAAUUUAAGUUCAUGCUUUAUAUCUCCUCCACUAGUUGGAACGUUUUGAUUUUUACAUCAUAAUUUUUCAGGUGUAGCAAUCAGUACCUCAUGUAAUAAUUUCCAAAAGAAAAAGAUGUAACUCUUGGAUAUGUGUUGAACGCGGUUUAAGGAAUGUUUCCAAAUGAAAUUAAGGAUGUCAUCACAUUUAUCUUUUCCUUUCUUAUUUAUAAUUUGGUUAGUCACGAUAUCUGUACCUCAGUGAUUAUUAAAUAAUUAUUGACAACCAUGUAAUGAUUCCUUCCGUCGUCAUGGCUUUAAACUCUGUCAUUAUUUAUGAACCACUUGACUAAAGAUUAAAAACUUCUGUCGUAGUCAGAGCUGUAUAGAAAGAUUUAUUUUCUGAUCCUUCUAUCAGAUGGACUUUCUCAAAUGUUGCACAUUUAACCUUUGCAGCUUGUGACUGAUUGUUACAACAGAGUCAAACGCUGCUACUGACAUGCUGUCGGCUCAUUAUGGAAAUCUGUUCUGUUCUGACAAAGCUGUUUUAUAUUUUUAUUGUCUAAGAAUAGAACUUUCUUUGACACGUCUUCACGAUAGUUAUUUCACAUUACAACCCCCUGCCUAUUUUAGCAAUAAUUGGUGUCAUCACUUUUAAGUAUCUCUUGAUCUGCUGACUGUUUGAACAAAUGGCACUUUGGAUGUCGAUCAUUAUGGCUCUGUGGCUAUAUAACGGCUGUGUAAUAAUAAUAAUAAUAAUAAUAAAUCCUGUUUUAACACCUA